UGGGUCUGGCUGCAGAAAAGGCGGGGAUGGGGGCGGUCUGUCGGCCUUUAGGUGGGCUGUGGCUCCUUUGAGUCUGGGAAGGUAGCGUGAGGGCGGAUGGUGGUUUGGUUUUGUUUUUGAAGGGAGCGUGGAGGAGUCAGUACAAUCUCUAUGAUUGGGGUGUCUUUGGGGUCAAUCAUGGGGGGCUCUGGUGGUCAGCGAUUAAAGGUCUGAACAGAUCAACUACCGAGAGUCCUGAGGUCAGGGUUUAAGGUCUCCGGGGGUGAUUGACAGCUGGUGGCGUGGGGUUCGUCAAUGAAUGCGGAGACUUGUUCGGGUUCUCGGAUAAUUUGGAGCUCAAAGGUCGAGGAACCGUUAAAGGAGGUGCUAACAAGAGACAAGAUAUGAAUGAAGAAAGAGGAGUUUCCAGGACCUAGAUAUUGUUAUUUCUGGGGAUACUUUGGCAACUGUUAUAUCUAACUAGAAAUUUCGGUAUAACCAGAAGAGACAAAGACAGAGCCUCUACGUUGCCAGCUAUUUUCAGAGAACAGAAGAAAAUGAUCCAGGCCCAGGAAACCCUGUCAUUCAAGGAUGUGGCCGUGGACUUCACGUGGGAGGAGUGGCAGCUCCUGGCCCCUCCUCAGAAGGACCUGUACCGGGACGUGAUGCUGGAGAACUAUAGCAACCUGCUGUCCGUGGGGUAUCGGGUCAGCAAACCAGAUGCACUGUCCAAGUUGGAACGAGGGGAAGAACCGUGGACAAUAGAAGAUGAAAUCCACAGUCAAACCUGUCCAGAAACUGGCAAAGUUGGUAAUCAUCUGCAGGGUGACUGGGAAAAUCAAAGAAUGCUGAAAGGUAUAGAACAAUACCAGGAACAUAAUGCAUUUGGAAAUCCUGUUCCUCAAAGCAAAAGUCAUUUCUCUUUCAGGCAAAAUAAUGAUAUGUUUGAGUUCUAUAUAAAAACUUUGAAAUCACAUUUAAGUUUAGUCAGCCAGGGCCAAAGCUAUGAAAUUAAGAACUCUACUAAAUGUAACGGAGAUGGGAAAUCAUUUCUGCAUGGUAAGCAUGAAGAAUUUAAUUCUCCAGUUCAAUGCCCUGUAAGUGCAAAACCCAUCAGUAGUAAGUCCCAAAUCAUUAAGCACCAAGGAACUCACAACGUAGAGAAAGCCAACAUAUGCGGUGAAUGUGGGAAAGCCUUUGUUAAGAAGUCUCAGCUCACUGACCAUCAGAGAGUUCAUACAGGAGAGAAACCUUAUGGAUGCAGUAUGUGUGCAAAAGUAUUCUCCCGAAAGUCCAGGCUCAAUGAACAUCAGAGAAUUCACAAGAGAGAGAAAUCCUUUAUAUGUGGUGAUUGUGCAAAAGUCUUCACCAUGAAGAGCCGUCUGAUUGAACACCAGCGAACUCACACUGGAGAGAAACCUUACAUAUGCAGUGACUGUGGAAAAGGCUUCCCAGGGAAGCGUAAUCUCAUUGUACAUCAGCGAAACCAUACUGGAGAGAAAUGCUACGUAUGUAGUGAAUGCGGAAAAGGCUUCACUGGGAAGAGCAUGCUUACUAUACACCAGCGAACUCAUACAGGAGAGAAACCCUACAUCUGCAGUGAAUGUGGGAAAGGCUUUACCACAAAGCACUAUGUCAUCAUACACCAACGAAACCAUACAGGAGAGAAACCCUACAUAUGCAAUGAAUGUGGGAAAGGUUUCACCAUGAAGAGUCGUCUGAUUGAACAUCAGCGAACUCAUACAGGAGAGAAGCCAUAUGUGUGCAAUGAAUGUGGAAAAGGGUUUCCCAGGAAGAGUAAUCUGAUUGUACAUCAGAGAAAUCAUACAGUAGAGAAAUCCUACGUAUGUGAUGAAUGUGGAAAAGGCUUCACUGUGAAGAGCAUGCUCAUCAUACAUCAACGAACUCACACUGGAGAGAAACCCUACAUCUGCAGUGAAUGUGGGAAAGGCUUCCCGUUGAAGAGUCGGCUGGUUGUGCAUCAGCGAACGCAUACGGGUGAGAAACCUUAUAGAUGCAGCGAAUGUGGGAAAGGCUUCAUCGUGAAUAGUGGACUGAUGUUACAUCAGCGAACUCACACUGGAGAGAAGCCCUAUAUAUGCAAUAAAUGUGGAAAAGGUUUUGCCUUUAAGAGCAAUCUUGUGGUACAUCAGCGAACUCAUACUGGAGAGAAACCCUUUACGUGCAAUGAGUGCGGAAAAGGCUUCACAAUGAAACGCUAUCUCAUCGUACACCAGCAAAUUCAUGUGGGAGAGAAGUCCUAUAUAUGCAGCGAAUGUGGAAAAGGUUUUGUCAUGGAAACAGAGCUCAUUUUACAUCAGCAAAUUCAUACUGGAGAGAAACCUUAUGCCUGCAAUGAAUGUGGCAGAGGCUUCACUGUGAAAAGCCGUCUAGUCGUUCAUCAGCGAACUCAUACAGGAGAGAAACCUUUUGUAUGCAGUGAAUGUGGAAAAGGCUUCUCCUCAAAGAGGAAUCUCAUUGUACAUCAGAGAACUCAUAAUGGAAACAAACCUUAACAAAGCAAUGAAUAUGGUCACACCUACAGGAAGAAAAUAUGCCUUGUCCAACAUCAGAGGGUUUCACACAGGAUAAACUACCUUUAUAUGUACUGACUGUGGAAAAUCCUAUUCAUAAUUGGUAUUGGUCUCAUUACCCACCAGAAAAUUUACACAGGAGACAAACUGUAUGUAUGCAAUUAAUGUGAGAAAGCCUUCAACACAAAUUCAGCACCUGUUGUACAUCAGAGAACUCAUAAAAGAGAGAGACUCUGUGGAUUCAGCAAUUGGGGGUAACCUUUCUCUCAUCUGUCAAGCCUUGUUAAUACACACGAGAAACGUAUAGGUCAAGGUACAUAAUCCUUUGCAGUGACUCUGAACUCAUUAUAUACAAGUGAACUUGUUCAGGGUACAAACCAUGAUAGUUCAGUGAACUCAUUAAACAUCAGUGUGCUCUACUUGACUAUCGUCAGUGUAGAUCAGCCUGUUGCUAGAUUUCACCCUUGGGAAACUAUGGAAUUUGCAUAGGAGUGAAAUUUAAUGAAUGCAGAGAAUGUGCUGGUGCCUUCAGUGAUAAGUUACCUCACACUAUAUGUCUAAAUUAACAUGUAGGAAAAAGCUCUGAUACAUACAAUGCAGAAAAGGCUUCAGGAAACAUUUCUAGGUAAUUAUAUGUCUGAAAAGUAUAUACUAAGAUAAAUCUUAUGAAUGGAGAAAAUAGGAAAGCCUUCUGUGGGAAUAAAAACCCUAUCUCAUCAGUGAUCAUAAUAGGUCACCAGUGAGCUCAUUCAUAGUAGCAAUAUGAUGAUCGUAGAAAUAAAACCUCAAUAGUUGCCUGAUAUGCAUGCUGGAGAAAAAUUUUCAGAUGACAAUGAAUAUGGCAGGAUUUCGGUGAUACAUUCUGCCUCAUCGCUUCUCAUGAAUUCAUACAGAAAUAGAAUGGUUUAUGAACCCACUAAAUGUGGAGUAACUUUAGCAAAAUAUCAGAGAAUACUGAAGGAAAGAAGCCUCAUGAAAAUGACGUAUACUUGAGUUUUCUCUCAGAAAUCUGAACUUAUUGUACACCUGAUGUCCAUUUUGGGACACAGUACCUUGAACCAUAUUAUCAAUGAUUCCAUAAUUUUAAAGUGGGCUCUUCUAAACACUGGUUAAAUUUUAAUGUUAUAUACAAUGCAGGAGUGUUCUGUGCCCACCUCAUAUCAUUAUAUGAUUCACUCUUGCAUUUCUUAGACUCUAAAUUCAUCUCUUUCAGUCUAUGUAUUUCAAAAGGAAAAGGAAUAUAUUCAUAUAUGUAAUUCAACAUGUUUGGAUGUAUUUAUCCAAGUUUAUAAGUAGCAUUAAGUAGUUUACAAAAACACCUUAAAAAUGAUUUUUCUAAAAUUUGUUUUGAGGGCUUCCCUGGUGGUGCAGUGGUUAAGAAUCUGCCUGC